GGAAUUAGAGAAGCUUGUCAGAGGUUAGAGGCAGGUGAAAGUUUGAACAUGCAGCAUUUGAAAUGAAACAAGAAUCUGGAUCUGAUAGAAGAACCACACAACACAACAUAAGAUAACAUUAUUAUGGGGCACAAAUACCACACACACGCACGGUCUCUCGCGUUUGUUAAUGAUACCAUGGCAUGAGAGAGAAAGGGUCCAACACAGAGAAAGUGGGGCAAGGUGAGUGGGGGUGGGAGAGAGAAGAAAAUCUUGGCCUAAUUGUUGAAGGCUGAGAAAGAUAAAAGGGCAAAUCAGAAAUAGUUCAGCUCUCAACUUCAUUGUCCACUCUUGCCCAGAACCCCAUAAAAACACACAAGGGGGACUGAGUCAAUUGAUGUUUUUUCUGCUGCUUCUGUCUGCAACCAUGUUAUGAACAUGGCGGUGGUUUGGCUUUUGGAGUAACUUGACAACCAUUGUUGUGUUUGAGGUUGAGGGGUACAACUGCUUUCGAAAACAUUAACCAAACCAAGAGAGAGACUUUAUUUUCCUUUCAUAGGUAAAGUCCUAGUCUUUUCUGCUCAUGUCUGCAUUUCAAUUUUAUUUUGGAAAAGGGUAGAGAUUUAGAAGUUGGAGGGAGAACAAAAGAAAGAAAAAGAAACGAACUUGUUUGUAAGUUUGUCCUUCUGAUGUUUCUGCAACUUUGACACUCAUUGCUUCUUUAUAGAUUCAACUACCAUCUUAUGUCCAUUUGAAAAAAAAAAAAUCAUUCUUUUUUAUCAAAGGAAUACGAGAAAGAAAGUCCCUGUAUCACCACUCAUCUCAAGUUGGUAGGUAGGGCUUGUGUGUGGUUGAGAAAGAAACUUUACUUGGAGAAAGAUAGCCACUAGUGAAUAUAGAGAGAGAGAGAGACUCAACUUGAAAAAGCAGAUUUGAUUUUUAGGGAUAGACUAGUUUCUUUGGAACCAUGUAGUAGUAAUCCCUUUUGUUCGAUCAUGGAUUGUUACGAAGCUACACGAAUUGUGUUCUUAAGGGUCCAAACUUUGGACCCAGAAAAUGCUUCCAAAAUCAUGGGUUUGCUUCUGCUUCAAGACCAUGGUGAGAAGGAAAUGAUUAGAUUAGCAUUUGGUCCAGAAGCACUUGUUCACUCAGUGAUUGUUAAAGCCCGCAAGGAGUUAGGUUUACCUCUGAACUCUCCGCCAACACCCUCCACUCCUCCUUCUCCUUCACCGUUCCUUCCGAGGCAGAACUCUACUUCUUCAAGGCUCAGUGGUAUCAACCUCCCUCCAGCUCUCACCAUUCCAAACCCUUCUUCUACUUCUUCUUCAUGGCCUACUAUGUCUGAGCUUCAAACCCCUGAUGGUUUGAUGAGCCCCAACAAUUUGGUUGUUGGCUCUUCUACUUCUUCAUCUUCCUUAUCCUUUUAUGCAAAUGGAGGCUCAGAUCCAAUUGAUGACUUCCAACUUGAAGACCAGCUCUCUUUCCUGAAUGAUGGUUCUGCUCCUGUUCACAAAAACAACCCUGAUUUGUUUUACCCUUGUCACUCAGACUUGUCUUCAAGUCCUACUGCAGCUUCUGACCCUACUCUCUUUCCUACCUUCGAUUGGGGAGGGUCUCUUCACCGCAGGAGUUGUUCUGUCAAUGAUGUUUGUUUGGGCUCUGAGGACUCCAAUUCCGGAUUGGGGUGGAAGCCUUGUCUUUACUUUGCUAGGGGAUACUGUAAAAAUGGCACUGGUUGCAGGUUCCUUCAUGGUGGACUUGGAGAUGCUGAUGCUGCUGCUGCUGCUCCUGCUGCAAUGGUUGGGUCUCCUAGCAAGCUUGAGAUGAUGGAGCAGUGCCAUGAGCUUUUCAGAGCCAAAACUUCACAGCAGCAAAGACUGGCUGCUGCUUCUCAGUUCAUGGCCUCUUCUACUUUUCCAUACACCCCAAAGGGCGUGAAUUUGCUGUUGCAGCAGCAACAAAAUGAUACUCAAAGAGCUGCAGCUCUGAUGAUGAGUGAGGAUUUGCAUAAAUUUGGACGAUCCAGGCUUGAAAGAAAUGAUUUUUCUCUGAACAGUCCUGGGAUGGUAAACCCAGCUUCCAGGCAGAUCUACUUGACUUUCCCAGCAGAUAGCACUUUCAGAGAGGAAGAUGUUUCAAAUUACUUCAGCAUUUAUGGCCCAGUCCAAGACGUGAGGAUCCCAUACCAGCAGAAGAGAAUGUUUGGCUUUGUUACCUUUGUUUAUCCUGAGACUGUGAAGCUCAUUCUAUCUAAAGGAAAUCCUCAUUUUGUGUGUGAUGCUCGAGUGCUUGUUAAGCCUUACAAGGAGAAGGGCAAAGUCCCGGACAAGUACAGGAAGCAGCAGCAGGUAGAUAGAGGAGAUUUUUCACCAAGUGGUACUCCUACUGGACUAGAUGCUAGAGACCAAUUUGAUCUUCAACUUGGUGGCAGAAUGUUCUACAAUACUCAAGACAUGCUGUGGAGGAGGAAGCUGGAGGAGGAAGCUGAUUUGCAGCAAGCUCUUGAGUUACAAAGUAGGAGGCUAAUGGGUCUGCAACUUCUUGACGUCAAGAAGCAUCACCAGCGUGCACUCUCCACUGGAAGUCCAAUUCCUUCCCCAACUCACUCUCUUAACAUGUUCAACCAAAAUCUUGUUCUUCCUUCCUUUCACAAUAUUUCCGAGGCCCCAAAGGAGAAUGGUUUAACUUCUGCUCCACCUAGUACUGCUUCAGUUUCUGCUGGUCAGCAAUCUGUCAAAGUUGCUGUUGGCAAGGAAGUGGUGGUGGUGAAUGGCGAGAAAGGAUUGAAUGAAGGCAAUGACAAGCAGAAAUCUGGUCAUGAAGAUGUUGAUUUGCAAGAAUGUUCGGAGCAUAAUCUCCCUGAUAGCCCUUUUGCUUCCCCAACAAAAGCUGCUGGAGACUUGAUGGUUUCCUUCUCUAAUGGAACUGUUGAGGCCAUUGACACAGAUGCCUCUGUCACCUCCAAAUUUGGUACUAGUGCAUUGCUUCCACCAGCAUCUGCAAUUGACAUGGGAACUUUCAAAUCCUAUAACUGUCAAAUACCAAGGUUCCCUUCUGGCCAUGGAACUUUUGGGAUGUUCCCGGGCACGGGUGGCCCUAUUGGCAUUUAGUUUCCUGAGUUCAGGAACUGAAAGAUGACUAAACAAACCUGGACAAAUCAGUUGAAAACCACCACCAUCACCACCACCACUACAACCAUGGUCAUCACCAUCAACCAUUAAUACUAUACUUCUUACAACCAUACAAAAUGCAUACGGAAAAAGCAGUUGAGUAAAGAAGGUGGGGCAGGCAUUCCCCCUUCUUUUGUUAUUAGCAUUAUUAGCAUUAUUCCACCAUUUUCUUUUUAUGGUAUCUGUAGUAGUAGUAGUAGUAGUAGCAGCUGAGUGAAACACAGGUUAAAAUAACACAGAAAGAAUCACCAGAGAGUGAAAUGUGUAAUAGGAACUCCCAAGCAGUGUAAUUUCUUCAUGUUAUGUAGUAGUGUAGAGUGUUAGUUCUAUGUUGUUACAGGUAUAAUUUGUAUAGCUGGAGCAUUUCCCAGAGAAAAAACAAUGCACAGAUGAAGUGGUAAAAGCAAAAAGGCAGAGCUUUAUAACUCCAAGGCUGAUUCAAAACCCCCCCUCUUGAAGGGUAACUUGAAUUUGAAAGCUAUAAUGAGGAGAGGACUGUACAAUUGUUAAUCUUAGCUGAUUAAAGUUCGAAGUUGAGAUUUUUAGCAUGGAGGUUAUGUUUUUAUCAGUUAUGCUUGUACUUCUACUUAGUUGUUACACACAGUUAUCAAAGAAAGAAUCAGAAAGAAGAAUGAAAAGUGAGAUUUUAGUCUCAUUGGUCUA